GAAGCUGCAGAGGAUGCUGAAAACCAGGUCUGGCAGGCCAAGGUCACAGCACUCCGAGCCCAGCUGGAGGCAGACCAGAAAGCUGUGAAGAGCAUGGCUGCCGGCCACAAGGUCUUGCGUGACCAGCUGGACUGGAUGCGGCACCAACGCCGGAGCUUGGAGAUCGAGCGUGCGACAACCCUGGUUGGCCUGUACACCGGCUGGUUCCAUCCGGUGCUUAAUUGCCGAAAUUUGAGCGAAGCUGCGGCCUGCUACCAGGAAAAGGACUUUGCUACUUGA